GCGCGCCGCUGUAAACCCGUGCUCAGCGCCGAUGUCCCCUGCCGCCGCCAUGCCCAAAAGAAAGGCUGAAGGGAAUGCUAAAGGAAACAAAGCCAAGGUGAAGGACGAGCCACAGAGAAGAUCUGCAAGGUUGUCUGCUAAACCUGCUCCUCCGAAGCCAGAGCCCAAGCCUAGAAAGGCCCCUGCAAAGAAGGUACCCAAGGGGAAGAAGGGGAAAGCGGAUGCCAGUAAGGAUGCGAAUAAUCCUGCAGAAAGUGGAGAUGCCGACACAGACCAGGCACAGGAAGCUGAAAGCGCUGGAGAUGCCAAGUGACGUGUGUGCAUUUUU